AUGGAUUUCGCCGGCAGCAAGAAGCGCAAGUUUAAGGACGCCAAUGGUGUCAAGCCUUCAAAAGGAAAGAAGUCUUCUUCCAUUUCCGACAAAAAGUCAAAGAAAGUCAAGCGCGCCGAACCCGAGCCCCGCGAUGAGCCCGAGGUCGAUUCUUCCGACGAGGAAGAGGCUUUGAAGGAGGUCGAGGACGAGAGCGACGAAGCCGAUGAGGACGCCAAGGCCUCAAAGUCUGACGAUGAGGAGGGGGAGGAGGAGGACAAGGCCGAGGACAACACAGAUCUGCCUGACGGUGGAAAGCUCACAUUACCCCCGGUUGCUGGUGCUGAGGCGCAAUCAUUCGAGGAGCUCAACCUUUCCGAGAAGACCAUGAAGGCCAUCAAGGAGAUGAAGUUCACCAAGAUGACUGAGAUCCAGAGGAGAGGUAUUCCCCCUUCCCUGGCUGGUCGCGAUGUUCUCGGUGCUGCCAAGACUGGUUCCGGAAAGACUUUGGCCUUUUUGAUUCCUGUUAUCGAGAUGUUGAGCUCUCUGCGCUUCAAGCCUCGCAACGGUACCGGUGUCAUUGUUGUUUCUCCCACACGCGAGUUGGCCCUACAGAUCUUUGGCGUUGCCCGUGAGCUCAUGGCACACCACUCUCAAACAUACGGUAUCGUCAUUGGAGGCGCAAACCGUCGCGCUGAGGCCGAAAAGCUCGCCAAGGGUGUUAACUUGCUUAUCGCCACCCCUGGUCGACUCCUCGAUCAUCUUCAAAACACACCUUUCGUUUUCAAGAACCUCAAGUCUCUUGUUAUCGAUGAGGCCGAUCGAAUUCUCGAGAUUGGUUUCGAAGAUGAAAUGCGACAGAUCAUCAAGGUCCUUCCCAAGGAGGACCGACAGACUAUGCUCUUCUCCGCCACUCAAACAACCAAGGUCGAGGAUCUUGCUCGUAUCUCGCUGCGACCUGGUCCCCUAUACAUCAACGUUGACGAGGAGAAGCAGUACAGUACUGUGGAGGGUCUCGAGCAGGGCUACGUUCUUUGCGACGCCGACAAGCGAUUCCUUCUACUCUUCUCUUUCCUCAAGCGCAACCUUAAGAAGAAGAUCAUUGUCUUCUUCAGUAGCUGCGCUUGUGUGAAAUACCAUGCCGAACUCCUCAACUACAUCGACCUUCCUGUCCUUGACCUCCACGGCAAGCAGAAGCAGCAGAAGCGAACCAACACCUUCUUCGAAUUCUGUAACGCUAAGCAGGGUACCCUGAUCUGCACUGAUGUUGCCGCUCGUGGUCUUGAUAUUCCUUCUGUUGAUUGGAUUGUCCAGUUCGACCCUCCGGAUGACCCUCGUGACUACAUUCACCGUGUCGGUCGAACCGCUCGAGGCAGCAACAACAAGGGCCGAUCACUCAUGUUCCUUCAGCCCAACGAGGUCGGUUUCUUGUCGCAUCUCAAGGCCGCUCGUGUCCCCGUCACCGAGUUUGAAUUCCCCGCCAACAAGAUCACCAACGUUCAGUCUCAACUUGAGAAGCUCAUCACCCAGAACUACUACCUGAACAAGAGCGCCAAGGACGGUUACCGCAGCUACCUACACGCCUACGCUUCGCACUCGUUGCGCAGCGUCUUUGACAUUAACAAGUUGGAUCUUGCCAAGGUCGCCAAGAGCUUCGGUUUCUCGGUGCCUCCUCGUGUUGAUAUCACUCUCGGCGCCAGUAUGAGCAGAGACAAGAAGCAGCAGGGCCGUAGGGCAUACGGCAGCCAGCCACGACAAAACCAGGGUAACAAGUUUACCAGGUAA